CAGGGCCUGUCGGGCGCUGUAGUUGCUGUGGCGACACGCCCCGCCCUCCCCAACCCGGAAGUGGGCGAGGCGGAUCCAAGAUGGCGUCUCCUCCUCCUCAGGGGGGCCCGAUGGCGAUCGCGAUGCGGCUCCGCAACCAGCUCCAGGCCGUCUACAAGAUGGACCCGCUGCGGAACGAGGAGGAGGUGAAGGUCAAGAUGAAGGAGCUCAACGAGCACAUCGUCUGCUUCCUCUGCGCCGGGUACUUCGUCGACGCCACCACCAUCACCGAGUGCCUCCAUACCUUUUGCAAGAGCUGCAUCGUGAAGUACCUGCAGACCAGCAAGUACUGCCCCAUGUGCAGCACCAAGAUCCAUGAGACCCAGCCCCUGCUCAACCUCAAGCUGGACCGCGUCAUGCAGGACAUCGUCUUCAAGCUGGUGCCCGGCCUCCAGGAGAGUGAGGAGCGGCGGAUCCGUGAGUUCUACCAGUCAAGAGGCUUGGAGCGCGUGAGCCAGCCUAGCAGCGAAGGCCCAGCCUCCGAUCGUGUGGGGCUGCCCUACACCACCUUCGACCACUCGCGUGCCCACUACUAUCGCUUCGACGAACACGUCCUGCUAUGCCUGGAGAAACAGGGCUCCGGGAAGGACAAGAACAAACACAUCCUGCAGCACAAAUACGUCCGCUGCUCUGUGCGGGCCCAGAUCCGCCACCUGCGCCGUGUGUUGUGUUGCCGCCUGGAGCUGCCCUUGCCACAUCAGGUCCAGAUCCUGUUUGACAGCGAGGCGCUCCCAGACACCAUGACCCUCAAGCAGCUCUGGCUCUCCCGCUGGUUUGGCAAGCCGGCUCCUCUGCUGCUGCACUACAGCGUGAAGGAGAAGCGGAGGUAGUCCAGGGGGCUUCUCCCCAGCGAAAGCGGCCUUCUUCCUCCGGCAGAGUGGCCCCCUGCUCCCCCCAACACAGACACACUCCUGCAACAGCAGACUAAUUUAAGGCUCCCUUUGUUGCAAUACUGUACUGAGUUUAUUUUUGGAAUAAAAGGACUGAA